CAUGUUGAUGACGUACAACGCAAGAGUACGACUUCCUGUUUAGAAGAAACCUAAAAACAAAGCAAUGAUGCCACUGGCAGAUGGACAUAUUGCGGGGGAGCACCAGAUUGACUAUAAACAGAAAUAUAAAACAUUAAAAAAGAAGCUGAAACUAUUGGUUUAUGAACAAGAAUGCUUUCUGGAAGAAUUAAGAAAGGCUCAAAGAAAAUUAUUAAAGGUUUCUCGAGACAAAAGCUUUCUUUUGGAUCGCCUCUUACAGUAUGAAAAAGUCGAGGACUCGUCAGGAGAUUCUGAUGUUACCGCCUCCAGUGACAGUGAAGCAGACGUACACACGUCUGGUAAAAAGAGGAAGAUGACCUUGAGUCCAGGCCAGGCCCAGUUACCAUUUGGAUCAGAAGCCUCAACUAUAUUUGGAAAUAUUGGCAUGGCGAGUUUAUUUCAAGUUGCAGGAUCUUCAAAUGCAGAGCCUGCCAAAAAACGUUCUAGACCCUCUGCAAGGAAAUCAAAAGCAAAGUCAAAGCUAGAGAAAGCGGAGAGUCACAUGACAAGAGAGGAGCUGGAACGACAUCUCGAGUCCAGGCAACACUCCUUUAAAAUAGAGAAAGCACCUGCCAUGUUACCCAUGGAGAUAUUUAGUAACGAUAACUCCAAUCCCGACAGGUUUGGUUUCAUUUUGCGUAGGAUUUACAUAUCAUGGUUACAUAUUUUAUAUGCGAUUACAUAUUAUGAUUAGAAAUUCAAUGUAUUUUGGUUGAUAUUGAGAUCUAUGAAAUUACAUUGUAAAUAAACUUGAUGCUCUCGCUGUUUCAGUGAAACAGCCAAUGACACCAACAAAGAAGAUUACGAUUCAGAUCUGGUUAUUGAUGCGAGCUGAAAGUUUACAGGAUUACGAUUCAGAUCUGGUUAUUGAUGUGAGCUGACAGUUUACAGGAUUACGAUUCAGAUCUGGUUAUUGAUGCGAGCCGACAGUUUACAAGAUUUAAAGACUAUUAUGUUUUAAGUUGUGAGCAAGACAUAAAGACUGUGAAUCGCUUGUUGCUGGACAAGAUUUACGGACUCUAUAUUUUGAAGAUGUACAAAUUGCGUAUUGUAUAUGGACCACUAUGUGGGAUAUUACAUGUAUAAAUGUAUAAGAAAGGUGUGUACAUUUUUCCCUUGUGCAUUGUCAAACCUAAGUGUUUAAAACUUGCAUGCUUAUAUUUUGAUGUACAAGUAAAAUAUUGGAGAAAUACAUAUUUCACAAAGAAA